AUUUAAUUUUUUUUUUUUUUAAAUCACUGAAACUGCCUUUUCAGUCUCGGUUUAGUAUUCAUUAUUAUAGAUCACACAUUUAUAACUUUCUCUCUUGCUUCAGUUAAACCAAAUCCUGAACAUCAAUACACGAUCUGCAGCACGUGGGGAAAUUUUCACUUCAGAACAUUUGAUGGUUAUUUCUUUAAAGUGCCAAACACAUGCGAAUACAUUCUGGCUGAGUUGUGCAACAGCAUUGAUAGUUCUGAUUUUACCAUACAAAUGCAAAGAAACUUUGUAAAUAACUCAGUCACUUUCAACAAAAUCAAAAUAAGUCUUCUGGGGACACACAUUGAACUCACCAACAAUUACAUCAUCAUGGACAACAAAGUGUUGUAUAAUUCAACCUAUAUGAAUGGAAUUGCUGUCGAGCUGAGCGCAUCAAGUGUUAAGGUCUCUAUUAAACAUGAAGUGACCGUCUUUUGGGAGAAGGACCAAUCUUUAUUGAUUGAACUUUCAGAAAAGUACCAAGGCAAGACCUGUGGAGUUUGUGGAAACUUCAACGGCAACAAGACUGAUGAUUCAUUUGACAAAGGUUUUAAUGUGGACAAAUGGAAAGUGUUUCCAACUGAAUCAUGUGAGGACAUUAGUAUUCAUCCUAAUGAUCAGUGCGCAAACCAGACAAGCAUUUGCCAGCAGCAUCUCAGCAGUCCAGGGUUUAGUGACUGUUUUAAUGUGAUGGACAUGGGUUCAUAUGAAAAAGCCUGUGUAGACGAUUUGUGUCAAUGUUACGGCAAUCACAACUGUCUCUGCAACACGCUCACAGAGAUUUCACGACAGUGCACACAUGCUGGAGGAAAACCAGGAACAUGGAGAACAGACCAGCUCUGUCCAAAGUCAUGUCCUCUAAACAUGCAAUACCUGGAGUGUGGUGGUCCGUGCAAGAACACCUGCUCAGAUCCAGACGCAGACCUGCUUUGUAAAGAACAUUGUGUGGACGGCUGUUUCUGCCCUGAAGGUACUGUUGAGGAUGACAUCGGUCACAAUGGUUGUAUUCCUGUGCACAAGUGCCCAUGUGAGUACAAUGGUGAAACUUACUCACCAGGAGAGUCAAACGAACAAGCUUGUAAAACAUGUGUGUGUGUCGCGGGACACUGGAACUGUACAAACCUGGAAUGUCCCGGAAUCUGCUCUGUUGUGGGAGGGUCUCACAUCACCACUUAUGAUGGAAAGAGCUUCACCUUUAGCGGCAACUGUGAUUACAUCCUCACUAAGCACUCUAACAACAGUGAUAUUGCUGUCGUGGGAAAUUUGGCAACGUGUAAUCCGACAAAUCAAGGCAAAACAGACACAUGUCUAAAUUCAGUUAUCCUUGUCAUCCCAAAUGCCACUAUUAGUUUUUUCUCCAGUGGAGUUGUGACACAAAAUGGAAACAGCCCAUUUAAGCUUCCUGUUACCAGAGGUCCUGUGAGCAUCUUCAAGCCCUCUUCCUCCUUCAUUAUUGCUGAUUUGAAGAGUCUUCGUCUAAAGAUCCAGUUGAAACCAAUCAUGCAGUUGUAUAUUGUAGCCAGCACUGAAGAGAAAGGGAAAAUGAGUGGUUUGUGUGGAAACUUUAAUGGCAUUCAAAAAGAUGACUUUAAAAAGGAAUCGGGCAUUACAGAGGGCACAUCAACAACAUUUGUCAACAUAUGGAAAAACUACCCAUACAGCUGUCCAGAUAUUGAAAACACAUUUGACAACCCCUGCAGCCUGCAUUUGGAGACAGAGAAACAUGCUCAAGACUGGUGUUCCCGUCUUAAAAACCAGAGCGGAGUCUUUUCACCAUGUCAUUCAGAAAUAUGUCCUGAGAUUUACUACCAACGGUGCGUCUACGACACAUGCAAGUGUGCUGAUAUUAACAAGUGUAUGUGUGCGGCCCUGUCCACCUAUGCCCACGCAUGUGCUGCCAAAGGAGUCGUUCUCAAGGGCUGGAUGGAUCCAGACAUCUGUGAAAAUGAACUGAAGUGUUCAGAGAACAUGAAGUACUCCUACAACGUGACCAGCUGUGACAACACCUGCCGCUCUCUCUCACAUUACACCUGUCAAGUGUCCUUCACACCUGUAGAUGGCUGUGUGUGUUCUGAGGGAACAUAUCUUAAUGAAGAAGACAGCUGUGUAGAUGCUAAGGAUUGUCCAUGUUACUAUGGGGACCGGGUCAUAAUGCAAUCAGAAUCAAUCUACAAUAAUGGUGUUACAUGCACUUGUAACCAUGGCAAAUUAGAGUGCCCAAGUAGAGUUUUAGACUGCAAAGCUCCAAUGGUCUUAUUCAACUGCUCAAUUUAUGAACAAGGGCACAAAGGGGCGGAGUGUCAGAGGACAUGUGAGAUGCAAGACCCCAACAAUUGUGUGAGCACAGGGUGUGUAUCAGACUGUGUGUGUCCAGAUGACCUUCUGGCUGAUGGGAAAGGUGGGUGUGUGAAGAGGGAAAACUGCUCCUGUACCCACAAUGGAAUCAACUAUUUACCCGGGAUGUCAGUUCUAGAGGACUGUAACAUUUGGUGAGUCAGACACUCAAUCAUCAUAGAUAACCCAUUUUUUACAUUAUUAUUAAAGGGUCAUGAAACACUGAACUGCAUUUUGUAAGAUGUUAACAGAGAUGUUUAUGUUGAAUAUCAUAAAAAAUAAUGAAUAAUUUUAAUUCUAGUACAAAAGGAUUAAUUUGUUUAAUUAAUUAAUUUAUUUUUUGCAGCCAUUUUUGUCUUCCCACUUUAAAAUCAUUUGAGAUGCACCUUGCCUUAAAAGUA